GCUGCAUUAGUUGCUUAGUUCGAUAACUUCGAUCGAAGCGAACGUAAACAAAAUGGCGCCACUGUUGUACAAAAGCAACACGAGUCCUCCAGCGAAUGCAGUGCGGAUGUUGGCUGAUAUCAUUGGUCUGCACCUUGACCUUAAAGAUGUCAGCAUACCUAACAUGGAACAUAAGUCACCUGAACAUUUGAAGCGCAAUCCUAUGGGAACUAUCCCGACAUUGAUAGAUGGCGACUUCAUCAUCUCUGAAAGCCACGCAACCAUGAAGUACCUGCUAUCAGUGUAUAGUGAUUAUGAACUGCGCGAGUCAUUAUACCCGAGCGACGUGCGCACGCGCGCUGUAGUCGACCAGUGCAUGUUCUUUAACGCUGGCGUCUUCUUCCCGAAGCUGCUGGGCUGUGUUUUACCAGCUGUAUUCGGAGACUUGGACGGUCCUACAGAGCAGCAUAAAGCAGAAAUAGAUGCGGCAUAUAGCGUAUUGGAGGCAUACUUGAAAGAUCAUAAGUACAUUGCAGCCGACCACUUAACUCUCGCGGACCUGAGCGUUGGUGCAACUGCCAUAUCCAUUCAGGUUGCCCAUAAGCUGGAUGCUACGAAGUUUCCCCUGACGGCUGCGUGGAUAUCCAGUUUAGAAGACCACCCAUCAUUUAAGAAGAUCUUACUACCAGGCGUGCAACUUUUAAAUGAAUUCGUCAAUGCGGCCUGGCAGAAGAAUAGAAAAUAA